AUGUUUGGGACUUCCCUGCAAUUUAAUGGUGUUCGUGGUGACGAUCGGUUUUAUAUUCCGGUGAAAGCAAGGAAGAAUCAGAAUCAGAAUCAUAAUCAGCGUAAGAAAACUCAGAGAGAUAAGUGUGAAGAUUCUGCUACAAAGUGUGAACUUGUUGAUUCUGAGAAUAGGAAUCUCAAUGAAGAUUUGUACUCUUUGAAUAAUAAACCAUCUUCUUCUUCUUCUGUUGAGCCUGCAAGUAACAUUGAUAGAUUCUUGGAGUCCACAACACCUUUAGUUCCAGCUCAGUUUUUCUCUAAGACAACAAUGAGAGGUUGGAAGACUUGUGAUGUAGAGUAUCAAUCAUACUUCGCGUUGAAUGAUCUCUGGGAAUCUUUCAAGGAAUGGAGUGCUUAUGGAGCAGGUGUUCCUUUGUUACUUGAUCAAAGAGAAUCUGUUGUACAAUAUUAUGUUCCUUAUUUGUCAGCUAUUCAACUAUAUGGUCAAUCAGCUAACAAGUCAAUUGCUAAGCCAAGAUGCAUUGGUGAAGAUAGUGACAGUGAUUACUACAGAGAUUCAAGUAGCGACGGAAGCAGUGAUAGUGAGUUUGGAAAAAGGACUAAACAUUGUAUAGCUCAAAGAAGAAAUCAAUAUAAAAAAGGCGACACUUCAUUACAAAUGAGCAGGCUAUCUGUACAAGAGGGAUUUUCUAGUGAUGACAGUGAAACUGGAAAUCCUCAAGAUCUUCUUUUCGAGUAUUUUGAUAAAGAACCUCCUUAUGGCCGCGAGCCAUUGGCUGAUAAGAUACUAGAUCUUGCGUUCCACUAUCCUAGCCUCAAGUCGAUGAGAAGUUGUGAUUUAUUGCCAGCCAGUUGGUUGUCUGUCGCAUGGUAUCCUAUAUAUCGAAUACCAGCGGGUCAAACAUUGAAAGAUUUAGAUGCUUGUUUUCUUACUUAUCAUACACUCCAUACACCAUUGACAGGAAAUGGGGGUAUUCAUGCUCCAAUAUUGCUUUAUCCGAAUGAUAUAGAUGGUAUAGCAAAUAUAUCGUUACCAACUUUUGCAAUGGCGUCUUAUAAGUUAAAGGGAUCUAUUUGGAUGAAAAAUGGAGUUAGUGAUAAUCAGUUAGCGAAUUCGCUCUUGCAGGCUGCAGAUAACUGGUUAAGGCUGGUUCAAGUGAAUCACCCGGAUUAUAAGUUCUUUGUGUCGCAUGGCGCAUACCACAAGUGA